GUACCGAAUCAAACAUAACCUCAAAUGUCAAAGUAUAAGAAAAAAAUUUGUCGUUGGAUUUUUCGAUCGUUUUUGCGCCCUAUUUAUAGAGUUUUGAUAUUUAUGUAACCGAUGCCGCGUCCUAAGAGUAUUUAUAAAUACCGUUUAAUGUGGUCAUGAGUAAAGAUUUCCUCUGGAGAAGCAAUUGCGUUCAGAGGUUAAUAACGUUCGAGUUUUGGUCGGAUUUGAUAACCCAGGUGAGAACGUACACCGAAGACGCCGUGGAGCACCUAGUUUUAGCAUGUUUCCUUUACAUCACGUUCUGCGUGCUACUUUACGCUUUAAUAACCCGCUGGGAUAAGAUACGAUUCACGCGAGAGAUCGACAAUUCAAAUCGUACUUUGUUGGUGAUUGCGCACCCGGACGACGAAUGCAUGUUUUUUGGCCCCAUCGUACACCAUCUCAUAGAAAACGAUUCGUGUCGAUUGUACGUGAUUUGUUUGUCGAUGGGGAACGGAUACGGAUUGGGGAAAAAGAGGAAACAAGAACUUUAUGAUGCGUGCCGAAUUUUAGGGGUAAACGAAGGCGAUAUCACCAUUUAUAAUAACACGUAUAUGCAAGAUUCAAUCGAUGGGAGUUGGCCCACGGAGUUAGUGGCAAAUUUGAUUUUACAACAAGUUGAAAUGUACAACAUUGAUACAUUAAUUACAUUUGAUAAACAUGGAGUUAGUAGACACAUUAAUCAUUGCAGCAUAUAUUACGCAAUCGCCCAUUUGAGUCUGGAUAAAAGAUUACCACCACAAUGUAGAGUUUACGUUUUGGAAAGUGUAAAUAUUGUUAGGAAGUAUUGGUUUUUGUUGGAUAUACCAUUAAGCUUUUUGUUAUCUAGGUAUAGGUACAUUUUAAGAUCGGACGGGCGAACCAAACUCCGCCAAGCUAUGAAAAAACAUCAAUCACAACUCGUUUGGUACAGAAAAUUAUACAUGUUAUUCUCUCGAUACAUAAUCAUCAACACGCUCCAACAAAUGGAUUUAAGCGAUAUCGAACUUGAUUUAGUCGAUGAUUAACUCUAUCAUUAUUAUUAUUAAUUAAUGAAUUAAUUAAAAGAUAAGUGCAAUAAGUUUUUUUUAGUUCGUUAACUAAAAAAAUCGGCUCAAAUAAAAUCUUCCUUUAAUCGUUAAUCGUCGUAUUUCGAUUAAUUUUAAAUUUGCGUUUUUAUAAAAGUAUUAUAAUUAGUUUCGUAAAUAAAUCAAAUAAAAAUCA